CUUACUAGAGACAGGGAGGGGACCAGGAUGCCUUCAGAAAAAGCACUCGGAAUCGCUCCCUGCUAUGUAAUACUUUUCCAACACAGAAGAGGCUCAACCAGCGAAUAUGUCCCGCUCUUUUGGUCAAUGGUACUUGACCUCGUCUCACUGCCAUCAAUUUUCUCAAAGGAAGUGCAAAGUGCCACUUGAAUGCUUGUGUACCAUCCAUUCCAAGCUAUUGUCGAUCUCAGUACGCACCCAUGAGCGAAAGAGGAAAAGGCACUUGGGAUAAAGUAAAUGAAGAGUCGUUGUCACUCGUGAAUUUGAGAUAUAUAAAGGACUGCUUCAACCCGAGUAUCGAGAAGCAUCACCAGCUUCUAAGUUCUCAAUUCGAUAGUCUGCAGCCUAGAAUUUCUCUUUAAGCUUACAGUAUCUGUAAGUCUUCUGUCUCCUAUUAGCGGUUGUUUCCGCUUCCAACUUCAAGUAAGCCUGGGUCAAUACUGACCAUGAAACUCAAUCAGAUUAUCACGAACCACGCACUAGCCCGCGCAAUAGCAUCUUUGACAAGGAGCAAAACCGACGACCUAUAGCUACCUACAGCCAACAAAUUCUCAUCAGGUGAUAAUCAAAAUGCUCAAUCUCGCUAUCCACCCUCCUUCUCGCGCCCGACCCGGUGUGGUUUUGAGCAUGCCUGUUGCUGCUAGACUUACCACUGAGUACAACAUCUUUGGGGAGCUCGACCAUAUUUGGGCCGUUGCAACGCUCAUCCACAAAGAUUCUGGAGAGACGCUCUAUAAUCAGUUGGGCGGAAAUCCCACUGACUCGGCACAUCCACUGCCUGAUACUGGUUCAGCAGAUCGUGCGUAUUUCUACUUUCCUGAUUUGGUCAUCCACGAGCCUGGCCGUUACCGCAUCCGGAUUACUUUGAUGCGAAUGGAUUACUCGCACGCUUCGUCACCAGAUGGUGUUGUGACGGCUUGUGAGUAUGUUGAUACUCACUCUAUCACCGUCGAAAGCGGUGCCUCAACCCGUGUCAGGCCGAGUAAGUGAUUCAACCUGCCGCUAUGAUAGACCAUCGCUAAUUGGAACAGACGCACAGGAAAGGUCCUUCUUGCGAGUUUUGAGGGACGACGGCCAACCAGUCCCUUCAUUCUAAUGCGACCGAGGAGGAAUGGAGGUGUGCAUUAAGUCCACGUCCACGACGACGACGAUAACGAUCCUUUGGGAUUUGGAUAUAGAUUGGGAGGAUUCUUAUAUCUCGGCGUUUCUAUUCAUUGUUAGUUUCUGACGAUUUGGAUGUACGACGUAACGCGUGGAAUUGGGCAUUUUGGCUUCAAAAUAUCAGGCGCUAUUCCUUUUUUCUUGUGGAGGGUACAUAAUACCUGAAUUUCAUGAGCGGGAUAUUUGGGAAACAGGACAAAUUGGAAAUCGUCAAGGGCAUGUAUUGGGAUAUAGGAUGGAAAAUUCAAGAGAAAACAGGACAACGGGCUGAUGGAUGUUUCCCUUUUAAGUAUGGCUAUGUUUGAGCAAAUACAAUCUGAC